GGGUUAAGCGGGAAAGAAAAAAUAAUACACGCGCUAAGAGAGUGUUUUUGGGGCAAGAGAAAAGAACGCCAUAACAUAAUUUCUCCCAAAGUUGUUUCAAACGAAAUUAGCCUUCACCCUAAAUCUCAACCAAAAUCUCAUCCUCUUAGAUAUCUAUCGAGGAGCCAUCUAAUUCUAGCCGAAAUAUUCGUCCACCGCAUCCAAUUGUUUAUUGCAAGCAACCAAAUUUCUGGGUCGCGAAGGUCAAGAGGUCGUGCGACAGUAAACUACAACUUCUAUUCUGCGAGCAACCACCGGAAAGAUCCUGACGGAGUCUACCAUUCCGACGAGGAAGUGUUACUGGAAAAUGUGGAGCUGAUUCUUGAAGCCUUUGACUACCUCCAGUUGCCAUUUACUUUUCGAAAAGGAUGUUUAUGUUAAAUUCAACACCUUAUUUACAAUGAAGCUUCUAGAUAUACCAAGAAAUUGGAGUUGCAUAGAUAUUUUGAAAACUUAGAAUAUUAAAUAAAUUAGAAGUGUCAUGAUAGUUCUUGACUUGUGAAGCAACUCUUAUGUCGGUUAAGUCACCGACUUUAUUGUACUAUAAAUAGACAUUAAAGUUAUAAUGUUAUAAAUAGACAUUAAAGUUAUAAUGUGGAGUGUGUCCAAUGAGUGGUUU